CAUAAUUUUAACAUGGAGGAAACUAAGAUCAGACAUCAUUUAUUUACAACUGAAACACCUGUAAUCAAGGUGAAUGAUAAAGGCAAAUCUCAAAGGAGAAAGCUCAGAUUUACUGAGGACAAGAUGAUAGUGAUUAAAAACAAAAAGAACGAACGAAGGAGAACAUCCUACCGAGACAUCACAGGGGUCAGCUUCACUGCUGCCUCACAUACUCCUCAGUUCGUUAUCCAUAAUAAGGAAGGAGACCUGAGGUUCGAGUGUGAAUACAAUGAAGAUGACCCUCAGUCAGAUUUACUCGUGAAAUUAAGAUACAUCCAUGAAUUCUUACUCCAGUGGGAUCCAAGUCAUAACGUCUCGUUCUUUUCAGUCAAAAUGUCUGACUUGAAGAUAUAUCAUAAUACUAAAAAGGCAUAUAAGAGAAUACUUCUUUCAUUUUCCCAAAUGUACGCUGAGCAGUGACAAUAGCGUUCUUAGACUAUGUCGACGAACUCCCAGUGCCUACAAGCAACCGGAGGUAUGAGUAUCAAAGAGACAAGUUCCAGAAUGCCAGAUUCUAUGAGGAAUCAAUGAACUUGGCCAAAAGAAUGACGAUUCCAAGGAUGAGACUCUCAACGUAUAGAGAGAGACAUUAGCCAACAAAGGCACUGAUUUCAUAAUUUGUACCAUAAUACUUUAAC